AUGAGUCAGGAGAUCGCAUUCACGACCCACGAUCCCGCAUGUGAUAGGUGCCGUGCCAAAAAGAUCCGCUGUGAUCGAGUACGUCCAAAGUGUAAAACGUGCAAACGAGACGAAACGCAAUGCAAAUUCUCAAAUAAAGAACCAAAAUCUAUACAAGCCAGCACGGUAGCACAGGAGGAUAUAGAACGCCGUCUUGGAUCCGUAGAGGAUCACCUUGUCGAGGUUGUCCGAACAAUCAAAGAGUCCGAGAACCGAACCUACUUGCGCAUGCUGCAAUUAGAGAACCGGCUUCUAAAUGGCAUCUUGACGACUGGAGGGGAAACGUCCACUGCGACCAGCAACUAUUCGUCGCCGACAAUGUCUACCAAUACUAAUCCUCCUGUAUACGGUACCGGCGUUGGUCAAAUGUUUCCUUAUGAGACAUCCUUGGUGUGCAACGACAGCCAAUGGACGAUGAUUCCGCCAGAUUUGGGACACGACUUUGCGAGCAAGCGAAUAGGCCCCUAUCAACAUGAGCCAGUCGGAUCGAGUGGUUCUACUUCCGGUCACAUUGCGGGUGUAAGCUUGGCUGAUUGGAGCAGGAGGAUUGUUGACUCUGCAGAAAUCUCAGGUCCAAAUUCUUCCGCGUUGUUCAGCGAAUUCGAUCUGUCCGUCCCGGGAGAGUUGAUUGGACCGGACACUUCAACCUUUUCAUCAGCUGGGGGACCCUCGGGAGCGAAUUGUUGCUGUAGUAAGAGCCACAAGGUCUAA